GUCAUGAAUCGCCACAUAUAUUUAGGAGAACGAUAUGUAAUUCUGCAAUUUUCGAUUCUACGAUUCUUAGCAUGUUCAGAAGCAGCCAUUAUCCCAAUGUCUCCUAUAGGUCAUUAUCUAGAAUGUGUGCUAGAUGUGCCAGCACCAGGGCUAAGGAGGCUAAAACACGUGAAAUGAUAGGACGCAUGCUACGUGUAGACCAUGCAGGGGAAUUUGGAGCUAAUAAGAUAUAUGAGGGACAACAUGCUGUUCUUGGCAGAAUGAAUGUUGGUCCUAUCAUACAGCACAUGUGGGAUCAAGAGAAAGAGCACUUGGCUAAAUUUGAUGAGCUUCUGCCCGAGCACAGGGUACGGCCAACAGUAUUAUUACCUCUCUGGAGCUUAGCAGGAUAUAUGCUAGGAGCAGGUACAUCAUUACUUGGCCGGGAGGGAGCUAUGGCAUGUACUGAGGCUGUAGAGGACGUCAUCAUUGAACACUAUGAUGACCAAAUACGUGAACUGCUGGAAGAUGACCCUGAAAGACACAAGGAACUUAUUAAGGUGAUCCAGAAAUUUCGUGAUGAAGAAUCUGAACACAAAGACACAGGAAUAGAACAUAAUGCAAAAGAUGCACCUUUCUAUGAUGGACUUAGUCAGGCUAUAAAGGUUGGGUGUAAGGGAGCCAUAUGGUUAUCAGAACGAGUUUGAGACACCAAUAGAGACAAUCUGAGAAUGAAAAAGUGAAUUUUAUGUGUGGCUGGAAAUACCAAUUAUAUUAUCCCAAUGUACAAAGUUUAAUGGGGAUAUGGUGAUUUAUUUAUCAAAAAAAUAGAAUAAGUGUUUUUAUAGAAAGAAAUGCUUUGAAUCAAUGGCAUUUUAGAAAUAAGGUCAAUUAACAAUAAAUUGAUUAGUGUUGGGGAUACAACAAUUAAUGUUUUGUUAGUGACAUGUAUUCCUCAAUGGAAAUACAUUUUAAUUUGAAUCAAUCAUUAUAGACAAGAAUAUUAUCAAAUAAAAGCCUUUAGAAAGAGUGACUUCCUUCAUUUUGGCGAGCACCCAAAAGUCUUAUAUCAAAAUAAUCCUUUAUAUCUUACAAAAGAUUUGUGAGAUUUGCCAACUAGGUGGACGAG